GGGCCCCAAUCAGGGGAGCGUCGUCUGCGUGUGCGUGCCGCCUGGACCCGCGGUCCAGUGUCGGCGAGUGCGUGUAGAUACGGCAGUGGGUCCGCGGCGGAGCGACGGCCCACACGUGGUGACGGAGCGCGGACGGAUUGGAUCAGAGAAGGGAGGUGUUAGUAUAUGGGACAGCGUGAGUCAGUGAAGAAGCAGCGGCACCGCUGGAGAAUCUGACCUCUCCAGACCGCCCGUGGGACAACAAUGGGCUUCCUGAAAGCGUUUGCCGCUUUUCUCCGGCGUAUGCGUGGGUGGUUACGCUCGGCCCUCUGCUGUUCCGGUCCCCGCCACCGGCGUCACCGCUCCUCGGCGUGCCCCGCGUACACCGACCCCUCGAUCCCAGUGGGAGCUGAGGACCUGACGGAGCUGCUGCCGGACGAGCUGCUGUUGGAGCUGCUGGACCACCUGUCUGCGGCGGACCGGUGCCGGGCCGCAGCCACCUGCCGGCGCUGGCACCGGCUCGCCGCCGAUCCGCUCGCCUGGCGGCGCUGUCACCGACGUCUUCACCUACCGCCCAUGUCGGAGAGGGAGUCGCGACUCGAGUGCGUCUCACACGCGCUCUGGUGCCGAGAGCGACCGUACGUGACUGUGAACGGCGUGACGACAGACUGCCAAGUCCCUGGGGACAGCGUGCUGAUCGACUGGAGCGCAGAGCGGGCGCUGAUGCGCACCAGCUCCGGCGCGGGGGAGGUGUGGUCGACAGAGGGUCACGGUCUGCUCUGCACCCUGGCACUGGAGGGCGAGAGCGGCUGCCGCGGCUCGCUCGUGCUCUCGGCCUACAUGUUCGGCGAGCGAGCGGUGACGCUCGACGGAAACAUGGAGAUCCGCGUGUGGUGUCUGCGCUCCCAUCGGCUGAUUCAGAUCCUCAAGGGCCACGGCUGCCCGGUGAUCUCGAUGGAUAUGGACGAGUAUCUGGUGACGGGCGGCGCCGAGCAGCGACUCGGCGUCUGGCGCCCCGACUCGGGUCGCUGCGGCGGUCUGCUCGAUGACCACGAGCCAGCGCCGCCGGUCCUGGUCCGGUGCAGCGGCCGGCGGGCCAUCUCCGCUGACUGGUACGGCCGGGCGCUCAUCUGGGACCUGCCCAAGGCGCGCUGCAUCCGACAGAUCCUCACCGGACGGUACGCGUGCGACCGGCUCAGCUGCGCCAUCAUAGUCGCCCUCAACCGCACCCACGCCGUCAUCGCCGAGCACACGGGACGCGUGCACCUGCUGAACGUCGACACGGGCGCGCACAUCAAGCAGCUCGUCGUCGCCGAGCGGCGGCUGUUCGCAGUGGCGCUGGACGACCGCACGCUGGCCGUGGCCGGAGCCAGUGGCUCGGUCCGCCUCUGGUCGCUGCACGGUACGCCGCAGCUGCUGUUCCGCGUCUCCGUGUUCAUGGCCGGCUCGUACCGUACCGUGCUCCGACAGGGCCUCCUGUUUGUCCAGAGCGACACACUGGUGCAGGUGUAUGAUGUGGAGCGACGGCGACUCGUACAGACCCUCACAAUGCCGCCGCUGGCCAGGCGCAAACUGAGCGUGGAGAGAAACAAGGUGAUGAGCGUCACGUACCGCGGACGCCGCAAAGAGGAGAUGUGCUUCCAUCUGGUGAAGGUGCACCUCGGCAGCUUUUGACCUGACCAGACGGGAGCCCCACGAGUCGAUCCCGACCCGGUAAAUUGGUCUCGAGACUUGGUGAACUGAUCGAGCGACAUGGUGACUCGAACUAGCCAUUUGAUGAUGAAUCGAGUUCAGAGGACAGUAAUUUCAGGCCCUAUAGGCCAGCUCAAGAGGCAGCUCUGUCGUGAAGCAAGAUGGGCGUGAACGGAACGCCAGUAUCUCCUCGAGAACCCGUCAAUACGUUCGGAAUGUUGAAAACAAACAUACCUCGUCCCAACACUGGUACAAAGUUCUGAUCAAAGGUCGGAAAAUAGGAAGAGUAGAUUAGAUAAUACAGUAGAUUAGGACACUUAAGAGUAGAUGUAAGGGUGUAAUGACUUGUACAGAAUGCAGGCACCCACCAGUUGAAUGCAUAUCUCCACAGGACAAUGGCCAAUGAUCACAACUCAAACUGAUUUUCUGACGCCUAUCUGACCCGACUUUGCCGGUAAAAGUUUAAGAAAAGGGAUCGUCAUCGUGAUUUAGUAGGAAUAGGAGUGUGCUCAGUAGUAUUGCGUCGUAAUAAGCCAUAAGUCAAGCCUUUGCUUGGUUGGUAAUAACUAAAACAUGCUUACAUUGCGUUUAGUUAAAAUUGAAUGUUUUCAUGUAUAUUGUAUAUCCAAUGUCCAUGUAUAGCUACCAAGCGAUGACUUGUGUUUUGGUCCGGUACCCACUACCCACAAACAUGAUCAAUGAGGCUUACAAUCAACGAAUUUCCCAAGUCAUGCUUUUCGCGGCAUCGUCAGUGCUCGUGUUUGCGCCAAGUUUUUUAUUUAUGAAAAAAGAAAACUGAAGAAAUAAUCCUAGGUAAGCUGUAUUUUUACGUUUUUAACUCAAGGAAAUAGUAUCAGGGAUGAGUAUUGUGCAGUUAAUACAUUGCGAUCCACAGUAAUAAAAACGUCUAUAGAAAACACGGUCAUUUGGCGGAAAUUAUCAUCUACGGUCGCUUUUAUACCUGCAGUGAUGCAUGUGAUGGACGAGGUUUACAGACAAUAGGCCAUCAGCCGACUUACGUACAUA